CAUUGGAACAGUAUCGCUCGUAAAGUGGCGUGGCGUCGUGACGCGACUGUGAGGCGGAGUCAGAGUCAGAGUCAGACAGGUUUCACACAGGUGUGUACGUCCACAACAACACGAGAAACCUGGACGAAACUCAGACAAAUCACUGCUGACUUCGGUAAUUUCAGCAAAAGGCAAUGCCAGAAUCAAGCCAGCAUCAUCACACAAGGGACAAAGACUACUCUAGUCGAGACAGGAGAGAUGAGGACCGAGAGGACCGGAGAUAUAGAGAUGACAGAUCACGAAGCCACCGAGAGAAGCAAAGAUACACUGACACACAAAGGGACCCCCAAGUGUACGAGGACAGCCGAUAUCACAGUCAGGGAGUGCCCAGUUACACAGAGACAUCAUCUUCAUACUAUGAUGACAGUCAACCCUACCAUCAUAAAAGGGCCCUCUACAACCUAAAAUACAUCAUAACAAGCAGAGGCAUCUGUCAGGUCAUGGUUUUCUUCUUAAGCUUGUUGAUCGUCAUCUGUGCUGGAGUGAACUACAGUAACUCGGGUCGGUAUCAGGAUAUCGCCAGCUUGGGCGGUUUGUACCAGUACUAUUACGGAGGAGCGAAUGCAUUCACUGGAGCAGAGGCGCAGAAGGUCCAGCAGCUCGAUGACCAGUUCUACCAGCUCAAACUGCCCCCUUACGUCUACAGCAUGGCGUGCGGCGGGGCACUGAUGCUUUACGCUUGUGCCAUGCUGGCCCUCGGCGUGUUUCGCAUGCCCUACCGCUUCCCUCCUCUGCUGCUGGCUGAAGCCCUGCUGGAUGUGCUCAUAGGUCUCGGUUUCAUUCCUGCCCUCGCUUUCUACUUCAUAAAGCUAGAGGAGAUCUACAACAACCCCAUCUGUAAAGAGAGGGAAGCCAUGUACAGCAGCAAAGGUCACAGAGGGUUCGAGUGCAAUCUCAACGGGGCUGACAUAGCUGGAGGCUUGUUUGGGGUUCUGGGGGUUAUUAUAUUCCUCAUAAGCGCCGUGUUUGCCAUCAGAGCCUUCAUAAGAGUGAGGAAGAUGAAACAGAGGCCGACAGAAGACGACAACCUGUGAGGGUUAUGCCAGUUCAUGAAGAGAUUCAAAUGUGGAAAGCACAGAAGGUCCUACAGUAGUGUAAAUGCUUUGGUUGGUAUUUUUACAGUAUCAGAAGGAUAUAUAUUUUUCUAUUUUUUUUUUUUUUUUUUACACCUUUGCUUUCUCUUAAGAGUUAUGGACUUUUGCAACAUUUUUUAAAUUCUUUUUUCAUAUAUUCUUCUCAAACAUGCAUCAGAUUUCAUUCAUCAAUUAAAAAGAAACACAAUA